CCUCUCUCUCUGUUGUUCUCUGGAAAAGUAAAAAAAAAAACUUAAAACAUGACGAAACCAGAUAUAUUAGAAGAUACGCUCACAGAAAUGUAUCCUGAUUUAACACCAGAAGAGAUAGCACAGCGGAGAAAAGACAUAGAACCAUUCGUCUACGUCUUGUGUGUUGGCCUAAGUUUCGUCAUCGUCUACUUAAUCAGUUCAACUUUAUCAUCAGGACCAGCCAUCCAGCCUCAUCGCGAUAUCAAGAUCAUUUCUAUGGAUUUCACGGCUGAGCCUAAUAAUAAUAAUAGCACACAACAAGGUCAUUAUCUCCCUCUCGUUAGUGCUAGAUGGGAUUUAUUGAUAAGACUCCCUGGAGAACUUGUUGGUAAUGAUAUAUGUCUUCAAGGAAACCUCCAAGCUUCUUUCCUUUACAAGAAUGUCACUCUUGUUACUUCCUCUAUUCAUAGUUACAACGACCUCGAACGAGACACGCCUCAGCUUCUUAGCGUGUCAGCGGUUGCUACUGGAGAAGAUUUGAGCGGCGCGGUUGGGAAAGAGAUUAUGGAGGCUAUCAAAGAGAGGAAUGAAUUGCAGUUUGGAUCACGGUUGUCUCUUACGGAUUGUAGAGAGGAGACAAAGAAAGGAACGGUGAGCUAUGAAUGCGAUGAAGCCAAGUUGCGGUUUGAGCUAGGUUCUGAUCAGAUUAAGGCAACUGCGUUUGGAGACCACCCUAAUUGCAUCAUUAAAGAAUAG